UCAAGUUUAAUGGAACAUCCUGUAUUUAUCUGGCAGCUCUACCCAGAGGUAAAGCCAUUGGAGUAAAGUCACCUGAGUGGAGGCUUGGAGAAGGAAGGUCCAGGGUCUCCUGCCACUGAGGUCCCCAGAGCUGCCCUGGUUCCCACCUGCCUGGGGUCUGUCUUUGCAGCCCUUCGGUCGGUUUUGUGGCCAACCGAAAUCCCCCCUGCACUUUGGACUUGGUCUGCACUGGUUUCAGAGCAUCAGUCAGGAUGGUCGAGUACUCCCUGGACCUUCAGAACAUCAACCUGUCGGCCAUCCGUACAGUGCGUGUCCUGAGGCCCCUCAAAGCCAUCAACCGUGUGCCCAGUAUGCGGAUCCUGGUGAACCUGCUGCUGGACACGCUGCCCAUGCUGGGGAACGUGCUCCUGCUCUGCUUCUUUGUCUUCUUCAUCUUCGGCAUCAUAGGCGUGCAGCUGUGGGCCGGCCUGCUGCGCAACCGCUGCUUCCUGCAGGAGAACUUCACCAUACAAGGGGAUGUGGCCUUGCCCCCCUACUAUCAGCCGGAGGAGGACGAUGAGAUGCCCUUCAUCUGCUCCCUGUCUGGGGACAACGGCAUCAUGGGCUGCCACGAGAUCCCCCCACUCAAGGAGCAGGGCCGUGAGUGCUGCCUGUCCAAGGACGACAUCUACGACUUCGGGGCAGUGCGUCAGGACCUCAAUGCCAGCGGCCUCUGUGUCAACUGGAACCGCUAUUACAAUGUGUGCCGCACAGGCAGCGCCAACCCCCACAAGGGCGCCAUCAACUUUGACAACAUCGGUUACGCCUGGAUCGUCAUCUUCCAGGUGAUCACUCUGGAGGGCUGGGUGGAGAUCAUGUACUACGUGAUGGACGCCCACUCCUUCUACAACUUCAUCUACUUCAUCCUGCUCAUCAUAGUGGGCUCCUUCUUCAUGAUCAACCUGUGCCUCGUUGUCAUAGCGACCCAGUUCUCGGAGACCAAGCAGCGGGAGCACCGGCUGAUGCUGGAGCAGCGGCAGCGCUACCUGUCCUCCAGCACAGUGGCCAGCUACGCCGAGCCCGGCGACUGCUACGAGGAGAUCUUCCAGUACGUCUGCCACAUCCUGCGCAAGGCCAAGCGCCGCGCCCUGGGCCUCUACCAGGCCCUGCAGAGCCGGCGCCAGGCCCUGGGCCCGGGGGUCCCUGCCCCCACCAAGCCCGGGCCCCACGCCAAGGAGCCCAGGCACUACAAGGUGUGCCCGCGGCACAGCCCCCUGGACCCGACGCCGCACGCCCUGGUGCAGCCCAUCUCCGCCACGCUGGCCUCCGACCCCGCCAGCUGCCCCCGCUGCCAGCACGAGGCAGGCCGGCGGCCCUCGGGCCGGGGCAGCACCGACUCGGGCCAGGAGGGCUCGGGCUCUGGUGGCUCCGGUGGCGGCGAGGACGAGGCGGAUGGGGACGGGGUGCGGAGCAGCGAGGAGGAUGGGGUGUCCUCGGGCCUGGGGAAGGAGGACGAGGAGGAGCAGGCGGACGGGGCGGCGCAGCUCUGCGGGGCCGUGUGGCGCGAGACGCGAGCCAAGCUGCGGGGCAUCGUGGACAGCAAGUACUUCAACCGCGGCAUCAUGAUGGCCAUCCUGGUCAACACCGUCAGCAUGGGCAUCGAGCACCACGAGCAGCCCGAGGAGCUGACCGACGUCCUGGAGAUCUGCAACGUGGUCUUCACCAGCAUGUUCGCCCUGGAGAUGAUCCUGAAGCUGGCCGCCUUCGGGCUCUUCGACUACCUGCGCAACCCCUACAACAUCUUCGACAGCAUCAUCGUCAUCAUCAGCAUCUGGGAGAUCGUGGGGCAGGCGGACGGCGGCCUGUCGGUGCUGCGGACCUUCCGGCUGCUGCGCGUGCUGAAGCUGGUGCGCUUCAUGCCUGCGCUGCGGCGCCAGCUCGUAGUGCUCAUGAAGACCAUGGACAACGUGGCCACCUUCUGCAUGCUGCUCAUGCUCUUCAUCUUCAUCUUCAGCAUCCUCGGGAUGCACAUCUUUGGCUGCAAAUUCAGCCUCCGCACGGACACGGGAGACACGGUCCCCGACAGGAAGAACUUUGACUCCCUGCUGUGGGCCAUUGUCACAGUGUUCCAGAUCCUCACCCAGGAGGACUGGAAUGUUGUCCUCUACAAUGGCAUGGCCUCCACCUCCCCCUGGGCCUCCCUCUACUUUGUCGCCCUCAUGACCUUCGGCAACUAUGUGCUCUUCAACCUACUGGUGGCCAUCCUGGUGGAGGGCUUCCAGGCAGAGGGUGAUGCCAAUCGCUCCUACUCAGAUGAGGACCAGAGCUCAUCCAACUUGGAGGAGUUUGACAAGUUCCAGGAGGUCCUGGACAGCAGCGGAGACCCCAAGCUCUGCCCAAUCCCCAUGACCCCCAAUGGGCACCUGGACCCCAGCCUCCCCCUGGCUGGGCACCUGUGUGCUGCCGGGGCUGCGGCACCAGCCCCCCGCCUCUCACUGCAGCCGGACCCUGUGCUGGUGGCCCUGGGCUCCCGGAAGAGCAGCGUCAUGUCUCUGGGGAGGAUGAGCUGUGACCAGCGCUCUCUGUCCAGCUCCAGGAGCUCCUACUAUGGGCCGUGGGGCCGCAGCGGGGCCUGGGCCAGCCGCCGCUCCAGCUGGAACAGCCUCAAACACAAGCCACCGUCAGCCGAGCAUGAGUCCCUGCUGUCGGCGGAGCGCGGCGGUGGCAGGGCCUGCGAGGGCGCGGGGGACGAGGCGCCGCCGCGCGCUGUGCCCCUGCACGCCCCGCACACGCACCACCACGCGCACCACGGGCCGCACCUGGCGCACCGUCACCGCCACCACCGCCGGACGCUGUCCCUCGACACUAGGGACUCGGUGGACCUGGCCGAGCUGGUGCCCACCCUGGGCGCUCACCCUAGGGCCGCCUGGAGGGCGGCGGGCCCGGUCCCGGGGCACGAGGACUGCAACGGCAGGAUGCCCAGCAUUGCCAAGGAUGUCUUCACCAAGAUGGACAACCGGCGGGACCGCGGGGACGACGAGGAGGAGAUCGACUAUACCCUGUGUUUCCGCGUCCGCAAGAUGAUCGACGUCUACAAGCCUGACUGGUGCGAGGUCCGCGAAGACUGGUCUGUCUACCUCUUCUCUCCUGAGAACAGGUUCCGAGUUCUGUGUCAGACCAUCAUUGCCCACAAGCUCUUCGACUAUGUCGUCCUGGCCUUCAUCUUCCUCAACUGCAUCACCAUCGCCCUGGAGCGCCCCCAGAUAGAGGCUGGCAGCACUGAACGCAUCUUCCUCACCGUGUCCAACUACAUCUUCACAGCCAUCUUCGUGGGCGAGAUGACACUGAAGGUGGUGUCGCUGGGCCUGUACUUCGGAGAGCAGGCCUACCUGCGCAGCAGCUGGAACGUGCUGGACGGCUUCCUCGUCUUCGUGUCUAUCAUCGACAUCGUGGUGUCCAUGGCCUCGGCCGGGGGAGCCAAGAUCCUGGGGGUCCUCCGGGUCCUGCGGCUCCUGCGCACCUUACGCCCCCUGCGCGUCAUCAGCCGGGCACCUGGCCUGAAGCUGGUGGUGGAGACGCUCAUCUCCUCCCUCAAGCCCAUUGGCAACAUCGUCCUCAUCUGCUGCGCCUUCUUCAUCAUCUUCGGCAUUCUGGGAGUACAGCUCUUCAAGGGCAAGUUCUACCACUGUCUGGGCGUGGACACCCGCAACAUCACCAACCGCUCUGACUGCAUGGCUGCCAACUACCGCUGGGUGCACCACAAAUACAACUUUGACAACCUGGGCCAGGCUCUGAUGUCCCUCUUUGUCCUGGCAUCCAAGGACGGCUGGGUGAAUAUCAUGUACAACGGUCUGGACGCUGUCGCUGUGGAUCAGCAGCCCGUGACCAACCACAACCCCUGGAUGCUGCUGUACUUCAUCUCCUUCCUGCUCAUCGUCAGCUUCUUCGUCCUCAACAUGUUCGUGGGCGUCGUCGUGGAGAACUUCCACAAGUGCCGGCAGCACCAGGAGGCGGAGGAGGCGCGGCGGCGGGAGGAGAAGCGGCUGCGGCGCCUGGAGAAGAAGCGCCGCAAGGCCCAGCGGCUGCCCUACUAUGCCACCUACUGUCCCACCCGGCUGCUCAUCCACUCCAUGUGCACCAGCCACUACCUGGAUAUCUUCAUCACCUUCAUCAUCUGCCUCAACGUGGUCACCAUGUCCCUGGAGCACUACAAUCAGCCCACGUCCCUGGAGACAGCCCUCAAGUACUGCAACUAUAUGUUCACCACUGUCUUUGUGCUGGAGGCUGUGCUGAAGCUGGUGGCAUUUGGUCUGAGGCGCUUCUUUAAGGACCGGUGGAACCAGCUGGACCUGGCCAUCGUGCUGCUGUCCGUCAUGGGCAUCACGCUGGAAGAGAUCGAGAUCAACGCGGCCCUGCCCAUCAACCCCACCAUCAUCCGCAUCAUGCGGGUCCUGCGCAUCGCCCGGGUGCUGAAGCUGCUGAAGAUGGCCACGGGAAUGCGGGCCCUGCUGGACACGGUGGUGCAGGCUUUGCCCCAGGUGGGCAACCUGGGCCUGCUCUUCAUGCUGCUCUUCUUCAUCUACGCCGCCCUGGGGGUGGAGCUCUUCGGGAAGCUGGUGUGCAACGACGAGAACCCAUGCGAGGGCAUGAGCCGGCACGCCACCUUCGAGAACUUUGGCAUGGCCUUCCUCACGCUCUUCCAGGUCUCCACCGGCGACAACUGGAACGGGAUCAUGAAGGACACGCUGCGGGACUGCACCCACGACGAGCGCAGCUGCCUGAGCAGCCUGCAGUUCGUGUCGCCGCUGUACUUCGUCAGCUUCGUGCUCACCGCGCAGUUCGUGCUCAUCAACGUGGUGGUGGCCGUGCUCAUGAAGCACCUGGACGACAGCAACAAGGAGGCGCAGGAGGACGCCGAGAUGGACGCCGAGAUCGAGCUGGAGAUGGCCCAUGGCCUCGGCCCCAGCCCACGGCCGCCCUCCAGCUCCCCCGGGGCCCCUGGCCACGGGCCGGGCGGGCCGGGCUGCGGGGGCGACGCCGAGGGCCGCCGGUGCCGGCGCUGCUACUCGCCAGCCCAGGAGACCCUGUGGCUGGACAGCGUCUCUUUAAUCAUCAAGGACUCGCUGGAGGGAGAGCUGACCAUCCUCGACAACCUGUCCGGCUCUGUCUUCCACCACUACGCCUCGCCCGCCGGCCACCGGAAGUGCCACCAUGACCCGCAAGAGGUGCAGCUGGCCGAGACGGAGGCCUUCUCCCUGAACUCAGACAGGUCCUCGUCCAUCCUGCUGGGCGACGACCUGAGUCUCGAGGACCCCACGGCGUGCCCGCCUGGCCCCAAAGACAGCAAGGGUGAGCCGGACCUACCUGAGCCCAUGCGUGUGGGGGACCUGGGCGAAUGCUUCUUCUCCUUGUCCACCACGGCCGUCUCAUCGGGCCCGGAGAACUUCCUGUGUGAGAUGGAAGCGAUCCCGUUCAACCCCGUCCAGUCCUGGCUGAAACACGACAGCAGCCAAGCACUGCCCCCGAGCCCCUUCUCCCCGGACGCCUCCAGCCCGCUCCUGCCCAUGCCGGCCGAGUUCUUCCACCCCGCCAUGCCUGCCAGCCAGAAAGGGCAGGAGAAAGGCACCCGCGCCGAGAGCCUCCCCAAGAUCGCCCUGCAGGGCUCCUGGGCAUCCCUGCGGUCCCCGAGUGUCAACUGCGCCCUGCUCCGGCAGGCCACUGGCAGCGACACCUCACUGGACGCCAGCCCCAGCAGCUCGGCGGGCAGCCUGCAGACCACGCUGGAGGACAGUCUGACCCUGAGCGACAGUCCCCGGCGCACCCUGGGGCCCCCGGCACCCACGCUGGGGCCCCGGGCCGGCCUGUCUCCAGCCACCCGGCGCCGCCUCAGCCUGCGGGGCCGGGGCCUGUUCAGCCUGCGCGGGCUGCGGGCGCACCAGCGCAGCCACAGCAGCGGCGGCUCCACCAGCCCGGGCUGCACGCACCACGACUCCAUGGACCCCUCGGACGAGGAGGGCCGCGGCGGCGGGGGCGGCGGGGGCGCGGGCAGCGAGCACUCGGAGACGCUCAGCAGCCUGUCGCUCACCUCGCUCUUCUGCCCGCCGCCCCCGCCGCCGCCCGCCGGCCUCACGCCCGCCAGGAAGUUCAGCAGCACCAGCAGCCUGGCGGCCGGCCGCCCCGGCGCCCCCGCGGCCCCGCCCCGCGGCCUGGCACGGAGCCCCUCGUGGGCCACGGACCGCAGCAAGGACCCCCCAGGCCGGGCCCCUCGGGCCUUGGGCCUGGGCCCUACCGCGCCCGAGCCGCAGCCGCCCCCCGGGGAGCUGGAGCCCGGAGACACCGUGAGCAAGAGGAAGAGAUGAGGGGCUGCCCGGCAGAGGCCAGCGCCAACCCGCCCGCCCCGUCUCACCUUCUUUUACCUCAGGAGCCAGGGAGCAGACAGCAAUACUUGUCCACACCUGGGAGUUGCGCAGGGCAGCCGGCGCGGACAGGGAGACACGGAGGAGGGGCCGGGUCAGCUGAGGCUCAGCCGUGGCCCAGCCGUGCCCCUGCAGUGCAUAUACACACACAUAUGCAGAUAUAUAUAUAUACAUAGACAGACAUAUAUAUAUAUUUAUUUUUUUUACUGAGAGCUUAUGACUUCCGGAAAGUGCUAGAGUUGGGGAGUGAGGGCCGGGCCCGGACAGGGGUUGUGUCUGACUCUUAAGACCCAGGCCGGCCACGGCAGCCGUGGGUUUGCUGUUUCCCCGGGUUCAGAGUAGCUUGGAGAGGACCCUCAGGGGGGCCCUGUGGCCGGGAGCCAGGCCCAGAGGAAGAGGUGCAGUUCAGGGUGCGUUCUGUUUUCCCUUUAAAGAAGAAAUGCUGCUAAGAUCCCGCAUCGCCCCUCACGUUUCGGGGUGCCUGUCUUGUCAUUCCUGACCGUCUCGUUGUUGCGAAGUCUUCUGUAGACACCCCAGAGCACACAAUCUCUCUUAGUCAACCAGUUAGAUGUCUCUCUUUAGAAAAUCAGGGGUGAGUAGCUGUGUUUUCCUAGGGCAGGGGUGGAGAUGGCGGGCAGCUGCAGGCUGGGCAGGGGCGCUGGCUCCAGCUCUGCGCCCUUCCGGGGGUGGGAGCUCUGCCCCAGGAAGGCAGAGCGCAGGGCCAGAGGCAGCAGGAGAGAGGGAGGGUGAAGGGCUUGAGCAGCAUGGCACGCCUGGCGGGCCUAGGGCACCUGCCUGGGCUGUGCCCGGCCUGGCAGUCAGGUGCUCGGUUCCUUGCUGCCUUUGGCCCCAGCGUGGGCCCUGAGCUGUGGACAUUCCCGUGCUACCCCGACCCUGAGCAGCUCUGCCCCUGCCCCAGUGGAGUUCAGGGUCCAGCAGGUGUGAUAAGGUUCUAGGCAAGGGUGGGGGCACCUGGGCGCUGGGCCCAGCCCCGCCCCUGCCCCAGCUCCCUGAGCCCGGCCAGGUCACCUGCAGGCCACACCCUCUGACCCGUCUGCCUGUCCUUGGGCCUCCAGCUCUCAUCUGGCACUGGCCUCCCAGACGGGUUCCAGACGGCUGUGUUUUAUUUGAAUAGUCAUGCAUUUAUUUCAGUAUUUAUUAGGAAAAAAAAUAAUACAUCGAACCCAUAAUUUCACAGAAAUACUGCUUAAGUCAAGGCUCGGUUUUAAAAAGCGAGUGGACUUUUUCUUUCGAGUCAGUUUAAACCAAAAGAUGGGGGAUGUGUGGGGGCGUGGGGACGCGCAGACGUCACAGGGGUGGCGGGGGUGUGGGAGACGCUUGUGCUCCUGCGGUGGCCCGGGUCCCUUGCCUGUGCGGGGGUCUCCUCUGAGGCUGCGGCUGGGCCCCGAGAGGGGCCUCGUCCCUGUUCCCAGGCCCGGACUGAGAGAACUUGGCCAGACUGGCGGGGACCCUGGGCCGGGGCCCCGCAGCGAUGGCCUGAGCUUUGUCUGUGCAAAGCCCUUCCCCUGAGAGGCAGGGAAGGGUCGCCAGGCCCGCUUCACUGCUGGGGAGACCGAGGCCAGCGGGAUCCCUCAGGGCCCUGGCGGCGGAGGCGCGGCCACCGUGGUGCGCUGACGCCUACAUGCUGGGCUGUGAAAACACAACCCCAGUGGGUCCAAGGUGGGCAGGUUCGCAGGGUCCAGCCCGGCCCGGGCCUCUGGUGGCACCGUGUGGUUGGCGGGCGGGCGGGGUUGGCUCCUGAGCCCCUCUGAGCACCCCUCCUCACCGGAGAGCGGUGGUGCUGGCGAGCGCUGGCUCGGGGCUGGGCUGGAGGGCUUCCGUGCGGGGUCGGAUGAGCCUGUGGGGCGCUGGGCCCACGUCUAGCACUGCCCCCUUUCCCUUAUCGGGGGCGGAGACCCUUGUCCGUGGCAGAAGGGGGUGCGGGCAGGCCUGUCUGUUUCUCGCUGGCCGCAGCGUGGGCAGCUGGGAGGAGGCAGUCACGCGUGGUUCUCGAGGCAGCGUGCCGCUGGAGGGCGUGCGUGCGUGCCGGGGCGUUCUAGGUGGCGGGGCACGCGUGGCAGAGCCUCGUGGGCCCGACGGCAGGGGCGCCUAGGAGGUGGGAGCGGCCGGUGUGGGGGCACAGAAGCUUUGCCUGGGGGAGUUGAGGGAGAUGGGGCUCGUCCCCAGAGGGCCCCAAAUGCUGAUCCCAGGCACUCGGCCUCGUUCCUGUGGGCCAAGGGACAGGGAACCAGGGAAGCCGAGACUUGCUGGUGAGGACAGCCGAAAAGGGAAGGGUUGGGCCAAUGGCCCUUCCUGCCUCCCGAGUCCUGCAGCCUGGGGCCACGGGCUCAGGCCCAUGCCUGUCCAUCGCAAAAGCACAAGCCCACCCCAACCCCCCGGGCCGGCGUGGGGAGAGGGGGGGUCCAGGUGCAUCUGUCUGCGAGGCUCUGCAGGGUGAUGGCUGGCAGGCGCCACGGCAUCUGCACAGAGGGACCCAAGACCAGCCUGGGGCCGUGGCCUGCCCUGGCCAAACCUGCUUCUCCCCCCUGCCCUGCCUCCCGCCCCGGGCAGCCCCUCAGAGGAGUAUGAAGCGUGCGCGGUGCCCGCCUGUCUGCCUGUGUUCCCCCAGACCCUGCCCUGGAGCCCUCCACCUCCAGGGCUACCGCCAGCCCCCUUUGCUGCAUUGUGUAAGGGCUGGGGGUCGUAGAAGCUGCUCUUUAGCCCAGACACACAUACUCUUUUUGUCUUUGUGCAAUAAUCAGUGUCCCUGGCAGAGCCGGGGCGAGCUGGGCCUGGGAAGAGGCAGAGGCUACCUCCUCCAGGAAGCCCUCGGCCUGCCCCGCGCCGUGACUACAGCACCCCCGGGCACUGUACAGUUUCUAUGGUGUGAAUGAGCUUCCCCCUAGUUGCUGAUGGCGCUGGUACCUGCUGGCCCAGAUGGCCUGGGUGUAGAGAAACCAGGCGGCAGCCACCACCAGUGUUGUUUUGAAUAAAAACCCAGAAGCCUAUUUAA